UGUAUAUUAAGCGCUAACAAGCAUAUGUUAUCGACUUUAUUUAUUAUGAGCUCGACCCUCAAAAUCUAAUGGCUAACACCAAUUAUCCAAGGAUGAGAACAUUUGCCCAUCUUGUUUUCCUGUUAAUUUCUUCAUGUUUGCUGUUUGUUGAUGCCUCAACAGAUACAAUCGUACAUGGACAGUCUAUCACAGCCUCCAAUACCAUCGUAUCUGCUGGCAAUGUCUUCGAGUUGGGAUUCUUCAAUCCUGGGAAUGGGAGCUCGACAAUGAAUUACUACCUGGGUAUAUGGUACAAAAAUAUUUCAGAACAAACUGUUGUUUGGGUAGCCAACCGAGACUACCCAUUCACAGAUUCCUCUGUGGCUCUUCUCAUCAGCGCUGAUGGAAACCUUGUGAUAGUGAAGGGAAAAAUUUCAUACACGUUGACUAACAUAUCAUCAAAUGGUAAAACUAGUGCUACCCUUUUGGAUUCAGGAAAUCCUGUUUUGAGAGACGAGACAUCUGGUGACUUACUAUGGGAGAGUUUUGACUACCCUUCACAUACUCUCUUGCCUGGAAUGAAGCUUGGUCGUUUUGAUAAUUGGAUCAGUUGGAAGCCCUGGUCUUUGAUAUCCUGGAAAAGCAGGGAAGACCCUGGCCCCGGAGUUUUCUCUCUGGAAAGUGAUCCUCUAGGCAUGCACCAGUUCUUCAUCAGAAAGGGAUAUCAAAAGUAUUGGACUAGUGGGGUAUGGAACGGAAAAAGUUUCCCAAUGAUCCCUGAUAUGACAGCUCACAAUAUAAACAUCACCUUUAGUUUCAACCCGUCGGGGGCUAUUUCACUUACUCUGUUACUGAUGCUUCUGCGACUAUUAUAUUUGUGCUGGAUGUAUCAGGGGAACUUCAGCUGCUGUCGUGGUCUGAAACUAAUCAUCAAUGGGAUCUGUUUUGGUUUCAACCAAGCCAGCAGUGCGAGGUUUAUGCCUACUGUGGGACUUUUAGCAGUUGCAGUCAAAAGGCCCGUCCAUAUUGCCAAUGCUUGCCUGGUUUUGAACCAUUUUCUAUAAAAAAUUGGAAUGCAGGGGACAUGUCAGAAGGGUGUGUGAGGAAAGCCCCAUUGCAGUGCAGCAAUAAAAGUGAAGCCAAUGGGAAAAAAGACCAGUUUCUUUGGAUAUCUAAAGUAAGACUCCCUGUUAAUCCAGUAAUUUUGCAACAUAGAGGUGCUUCAGACUGCAAGUCAGCUUGCUUGAGUAACUGCUCUUGCUCUGCUUAUGCUUAUGGCAGUGAUGGGUGUUCAAUAUGGAGUGAAGAUCUCUUUAAUGUGGAACAGCUGACAAAUGAUGACCCUGAUGGGAGAGAUUUCUAUCUAAAACUUGCUGAUUCUGAGUUUCUUAGUAGAGAUUCAAGAAGAAAGUGGUGGAAAUGGUUAAUUCUGGCACUAGCAGUUUCUAUGACUCUAUCAGCCUUGGUUUAUUGUAUGUGGAGGAGAACGUUACGGAAAAGAGGUAUGCAUUUCACUCUUUGGAACACAAUACUAAACCCAUCCACGGGAGUUUUUUUUUUUAAAAAUAAAUAUAGUAAAACUUAGUCCUUGUGCUUCUAUAUAAGUUCAAAUGCCC